CGUUGCGAGAUACCAUAAAGUCCGCCAUUACACGAGUGUUGUGUUACUUUUCCGAAGAGUUGCGUGCUCUACAUCAAGACUGAACAGAAACAUUCGAAAAUGUCCAAUUACCAAUCUGACAGCGCCGAGAUGGGCGAUCUGCCCGGAUCGUCAGACACUGGUGAACCGGGUGAAAUCAUCACGGAGAAUACAUUGCUCUCUAAAUCGAGGGAAAAAUACCAAGCGAUUUACAAGAAAUUCACGAGCUGGAGGGAGACUAACAACAAGGGUCCGCUGUCACAGGAAGUUUUGUUGGAUUUCUUCGUUGAACUCUCGGAGAAAAUGAAACCGUCUUCCCUAUGGUCGCACUACUCAAUGUUGAAACAUACCAUAAACAGUAAUGACAAGAUUGACAUCAGUUUCUACAAACAAUUGAAUGCUUUUUUGAAACUACAGUCGACUGGAUUCAAAAGUAAACAGACCAAGGUUUUGACGCCUAACGACAUUGAGAGAUUUUUGAAUGAAGCACCGGACAAUCAGUUCUUAGCAACAAAGGUUGCACUGAUUUUUGGAAUAAUUGGAGCCUGUAGAAGACAAGAGCUCUGCAACGUAACAAUGGAUGACAUAGAGGACGACGGUGUAAUGGCCUUCGUGACAAUUCCAAAAACCGAAAGCGAUCCCGAGCGUUCAUUCACCAUUUGCGGGGAAUUCUACAACAUGUACAGGAAGUACUUGAAGCUACGACCUAGGAACGUGGAUACCAAGAGAUUCUUUGUUAAUUAUCAGAAUGGCAAGUGCACACAUCAAGUCAUUGGGAUCAACAAAUUUGGCAGUAUGCCAAGGACAAUUGCUUCAUACCUGAAAUUGCCGAAUCCAGAGAGCUACACAGGUCACAGCUUUCGUCGUACUUCAGCAACACUGCUCGCUGAUUCUGGUGCAGAUCUGGCCACCCUCAAACGCCACGGGGGAUGGAAAUCGAAGGUGGCAAGGCACUUCAUCGAGUAUUCCAAGGAGAAAAAACGAAAGAUAUGUCAGCAGAUAACAGAGUCUGUUGUUUUGAGGCCAUCAACAUCUGCUUCCACAUCGAAGGAAGAGCCUGAGGUGCCUAAGGCACCAUCAGAACUGCCAGAGCAGUCGGCAGACACUGAUGAUCCACUGUUCGUCGACUGCAGUUUAAAUAUUAAAGAGGAGAACACCUCGAUGGAAACAGCAGAUGAAGUGACUGACCCAGAACCAGAAUCAGAACCCAGCGAGCCUGCAUCUGUUGUCAUGCAGUCAAAUUCUCAGAGCAACUCGUCCCCGAAAUCUCUGAAGGCGCCGAGCCAACCAGUUCGCCCCCAGUUGAGGAACAUCGCUCCUGCACCUUCCUCUCAACAAAAGAAUGCCUCUAAAACGCUGGUCCUGAAGACAAUUCCACUGAAGAUGAAGCAAGUUGCUCCUACGACUAUAAAGAUGUUACCGAGGCAACAGCCGGUUCGAGUGCCACAGAAUGUCGUCCCCCAACAGCCGGCUGAGGUAUGCCUGAGGUGGAACAGUUACCACAGCAACAUGCAGACCAGUUUCCCAUCCCUCCUGGACUCUGAGGAAUUCGUCGAUGUGACUCUCGCCUGCGAGGGCAAAUCUGUCAAGUGCCACAAAAUCAUUCUCUCGUCGUGCAGUGAUUACCUAGCUGCAUUGUUACGUGAAAAUCCCUGUCAACAUCCAAUUAUUCUGAUGAAGGAUCUGAAGUUCUGGGAAGUCGAGGCAUUAGUUAAAUUCAUGUAUAAAGGGGAAGUGAACGUCGCUCAUGACAAGUUGCCACAGCUUCUCAAUGCAGCUGAGGCACUCCAGGUUAAAGGAUUGGCUGGUCCCACUCCCCCACAGGGUCAGAAGCCUCCAAUGUUGAUUCCCAAAGCGAGACUGCAGUCGUCAACCCCAACACCUCCAAAGCCUUCCGAGCCUAAAGAACAAAAAGCACCCACGAAUUUCUCAUCAAAAGCCCAAUCUAGUCCGAAACGUGGUACGAAGCGUCCGAUGGAGCCAAAAGACUCGAGGCCCUUCACAAAAAUUCGUCUUCAUCGUCCGAAGCCUUCUGCCCCCUCGCCUACGAUAAAACUCGAGCCUCUGGACAUCCCUUUGAGUGACGCCGACAUCUUCCCAGAGACGAACGACGACAGUUCGACCACAAACUACGAGAACCUCAUCACCAUGCACGAGGCCGACGAUCCUGGGGGAGAGGAACGCCCUGACUCUGCCGAUGGUGACAUACAAUUUGAUUUCCAUGGCUCCGAGGACAUCACUGACGCCGAGGAGCAGAUGGAGUUCGUACCGACUGAUUUUUUGGAACAGGAACAUGAUAUUCUGGAGGAGGCAGAUGGGGGAAGCAGCAGAAACAGUGUUGCCGAGGUCAGAGAUGGAGAUCCUGGGGCUGAAACACCUGAUGAUGAGGGGAAAGACGAUGAAGGGGAUGGAGAUGGCGAUGAGGACGGCGAUGGAGAUGAAGAUACGAGUAAAAAGGAUGAAACGUAGGAGGAGCAGAAUUCGUAAAGAUCCUCUCGUUUUUUUUUAACUCACGAUGAUUCAAUAUUUUUUGUUUUUUAUGGAGCUACGAGAACUCUCUUCAGAGACUUCUGAUUUUCUUCAUUAUUGAACAUGUUUCGAAACACGUGGAGUCGAAAGUGCAUUAUUCCUCUAAGUAUGUGAAAUUUAACGAGUAUUACACUCAUUUCAUCGACUGUUAAACGGUCUGAUCAAUGAGAGUUCUUCUAUAUUCUUGAGAUCGAAGAGCAAUGCAUUUACAGAAUACAGUCAUGAGUAAACUAUGUACUAUCAAAUUUUAUAUUACAUAGGGUGUAAUGAAAAUAUGUCGGAGAUAAUUGUUGAUUAAAAAUCUGUGUGACCUGUAUUCAAUCAUGUGUUGAUGUUGACGAUACGUGGAGAAUAUAUUGAGGGAAUGAAAAUGGAUUGAAGAAAGUAAAUACCUAUGACAAAACUGUAAUUUAUUAAAUUUAUCUCAUGAAAUAAAUGGCUAUCAAACCUUGAAAA